AUGUCAUCGCCAACCCAAGAUAUUGGAUCGGGGAUGCGGCGGAAAAGGUCUGAAAGUGUCGCAAAUCCAAAUUGGUCCGACUUAUCGCAGCCGGCCAGAUCACACCUGGACUCCAGAGAUCGGUCGCAAUCGGUCACACACAAUGAUAUCGAGCAGCCGCCCAGUACGGGGUUUGAUCCCACCGAUCGAGUGUUCCCCAUUCGGUCGGUGGUUUCGGUAGACCCAAAUGCUACUGCACAGACGAGAUCUUCAUCACAAGCCCGCGGAGCAGUAUCACCAACCAGGGAUGGAGCUCGGCAUUACUCGUUCAUUGAUGAACAGACCUGGCAUCAACUCCAAUCUGAAUCCCGGCCUCAAUCGCAUCCCGACCCCGAGCAUGCCGAACCUACCGUCCCCACCGAUAUCCGGCGCCACGAAACACAUGCAGUUGAUGAUAAAACGGAGAUUGCCACACAUUCUCUCGCAUCAGAGGUCAUUCAACAUCCCGAGGUUUAUGCCAAAACUUCCCGGAGCGAAACUCAAUCCGGAUCAGGUUCCACUGCUCACCCACGGUCGCAGGAUGGUUCUAAAACCGAGGAAGAACACCUUCUGACUGCCCGGUUCAAGCAUGUUGUAACGGACAGUGGCCACGCAAUCAUUACGGGACGAGAAGGCGAAAAACUCCAGUAUUGCGAAGACGAGCCUAUACGAAUACCUGGCGCCAUCCAAAGCUUUGGUAUAUUGGUUGCACUACGAGAGGAGUCCCAAGACCAGCUUGUGGUGCGGGUUGUGAGUGAGAACUCGGCCGAUUACUUUGGUUAUUCGCCCAAGCAGCUUUUCGAAGUCCAAAGCUUUUGCGAUAUUAUGCAUUCGGAUGAGGCAGAGAUGCUGCUGGACCAUAUUGACUUCGUUCGAGACGAUGCAUACGACCCUUCUGUUGAUGGACCCGACAUAUUUGCCAUGUCAAUUCGCACUCCCACCGGAGAAAGUCGUCGAUUCUGGUGUGCGGCCCAUGUGUGCCAAGCCCAAAAAGACUUGAUCAUCUGUGAAUUCGAACUCGAAUAUGACGAACUUAACCCAUUGGAUGUUCCUGGCCAUGCUUCCCCGGAGUCCUCUUCGGAUCCGUUGGAUAACAGCACUCUAGGUGUUGUUCCAACGGCAGAUCAACUCGCUGCCUCGACCCUGAACAUUUCUCAGCCACUGCGUGUCCUCCGUCGGAGGAGAGCAGAGACUGAUUAUCUUUCUGUGCUUUCGCAGUUGGAAACUCAGCUAUCGCGAUGCCAAGACUUGGAACAAUUGUUAAACACAACAGCAGGCCUUGUAAAGGACCUAAGUGGCUUCCACCGCGUUUUGAUUUACCAGUUCGACAGCAGCUGGAAUGGCAUGGUCGUUGCUGAGUUGGUUGACCCCAAUGUCACGAUAGAUCUCUAUAAAGGGCUUCAUUUCCCUGCUUCAGAUAUUCCAGCACAAGCAAGAGAACUAUACAAAAUCAACAAAGUUCGCUUGCUAUAUGACCGGGAUCAAGUCACAUCCCGGCUAGUCUGCCGAACGGUUCAAGAUUUGGAAACGCCAUUGGACAUGACACAUGCAUACUUGAGAGCUAUGUCGCCUAUCCACAUCAAAUAUUUGGCUAACAUGAAGGUUCGAUCUUCAUACUCAGUGUCCAUAAGUGCCUUUGGUGAUCUAUGGGGCCUAAUAACCUGUCAUAACUAUGGAGUCCCUCGGCGGGUGUCAUUCCCCAUUCGAAAGAUUUGCCGCAUACUCGGUGAUACAGUCUCACGCAAUAUCGAGCGACUCUCCUAUACGUCUAGAUUACAGGCGAGGAAGCUCAUCAACACGGUUCCCACCGAGGCCAAUCCAUCUGGCUACAUCAUCGCCUCAAGCGACGAUCUGCUUCAGCUGUUCUCGGCGGACUACGGCGUUCUCUCAAUUCGCGACGAAACGAAAAUUUUAGGGGACGGUACCAACUCGCAGGAGCUCCUUGCACUUUUGGAGUUCCUCCGCCUUCGUCAGCUAAACUCAGUGCUUGCCUCACACGAUAUUGUCAAAGACUUUCCCGAUCUGCACUAUCCGCCGGGGCUGAAGGCUAUCUCAGGUUUAUUAUAUGUCCCAUUAUCCACGGGUGGCAGCGACUUCAUUGUCUUUUUCCGUCGUGGGCAACUGACCCAGAUCAGAUGGGCGGGCAACCCUUACGAAAUCGCAAAGCGGAAACAAACAGCGGGCUAUCUUGAGCCGCGAGAAAGUUUCACGGCUUGGCAAGAGACUGUGCUCUCCCAGAGUCGUGAAUGGACGGAAAGCGACGUGGAAACAGCGGCUGUCCUAUGCCUUGUCUACGGAAAGUUCAUCAAGGUCUGGAGACAAAAGGAGGCGGCGAUGCACAACUCCCAGCUCACCCGUCUGCUUCUGGCUAAUUCCGCCCAUGAGGUUCGAACGCCUCUAAACGCCAUCGUCAAUUAUUUGGAGAUUGCUCUCGAGGGCGCACUGGAUGCGGAAACCAGGGAAAGUCUGACCAAAUCUCAUUCGGCUUCCAAAUCCUUGAUUUAUGUUAUCAAUGAUCUGCUGGAUCUUACAAAUACAGAAAAGGGACAGGAACUCAUCAAAGAUGAAAGCUUUGACCUUGAAGGAACAUUCAAAGAAGCAGCGCAAAUGCUGUCCGGUGAGGCCAAGCGGAAGAACAUAUCUUAUACUGUUUCAGUGCAUCCGGGGCUUCCUAAAUCGGUACUCGGUGAUCAGCGUCGGGUACGACAGGUGCUUUCCAACGUCAUUUCCAACGCCAUCCAGAACACUGAAUCCGGUGCUGUCACCACUGAGAUUUGGCGUUCUGCCAACCAGACUAUUCCAGGCCACGUGGGAGUGGAGGUGAUGGUCGUUGACACCGGAGUUGGCAUGUCUCAUGAGAAGCUGGAGUCUUUGUUCCAUGAGCUGGAGCAAGUUUCCCUAGAUGAGACCUAUUAUCCUGGCGAAGAAGAGGAUCCGCACCAAACAGAUUCGCCAAAUCAAAAACGCGUUCUGGGCCUAGGUCUUGCUCUUGCGGCGAGAAUUGUUCGUAAUAUGCAGGGACAAUUAGGCGUCAGGAGUGAGGAAGGGAAGGGCAGUCGCUUCAAGAUCUUGCUGCAGUUCCGACUCCCCGAACAAGAUGACUCGCAGGAUGAAGCUGCCAUCGCUGCUGCAAGCUCGCCUAUCCCCCCAACACCGAUGAUCUCAGAUAAAGAGUUUACCUUGGUUGGCGGAUCAUAUGAGCCUGGGAAUAAUCGUCGACAUAGCAAUGAAAGUCUCCGCAGUGGUGGCAGUUCUCGCAGUGGUCACAGUGGCCAGGCAGAUCGACUCAUCAGUGCUAUACAAGAACCUGUGCAUAGACGAAGCGCUAGCCAAAACUCGCAUUCGAAACACAGACUCAUGUCGUCGAGUCCAGUCAGUGCCGGCAGCAACCCGUUAUCUAGAUCGUCAGCACCCGCUAUGAAACGCUCGACCACUAUGUCAAGCGUGCAAGACCCAGUUUCAAGUCUCUCCUCGGUCACACACCAACCUCCAAUGACCUUACAACCACUCAUGACUCCUCCACCUCCAGGACUAGAAAAUAUCACGGACUCCGGCGUACCUAUGGGUGCUCUGAGAAUGUCUCAACGAUCUGCCAGCAUCAAGUCACCAAACCCGCAAUCGAAUUAUGAUCAAUCAUACUUCCCGCGUGUUGAAACAGUCACAGAACCAUCAAACGCUGUCUCCACGGCUCCUCCGCCUUCAACGGCGGCCCCACCAUCGGAAGCACCUCCACCAUCUACAUCCCCUACCACCGUUCCGUCAACAACAGACUACGACCUGCUGCAUGUCCUUGUUGCGGAAGAUGAUCCAGUCAACAGUAAAAUCAUACAAAAACGUCUAACCAAGCUCGGGCAUACUGUGCAGCUUACCAGCAAUGGCGAAGAGUGCGCGGAAGCCUUCGCCUCGGCGACCAAAAACUUUGAUAUCGUCCUCAUGGAUCUGCAAAUGCCGAUUGUCGAUGGCCUCCUUGCUACAAGGAUGAUCCGCAGCUUUGAAUCUCAAACACCCAAAACCGCGCUCUCUGAUAAGGCCAUCCACAACGACCGCGUGCCAAUUUUUGCUGUUUCUGCUUCGUUACUUGAAGCAAACCGAGAGCUUUACAUCGAGACGGGCUUUGACGGCUAUGUCAUGAAACCUAUCUCGUUUUCCAGGCUGAAUUUCCUUCUCAGGGGCCUGAUGGACACGGUGGCACGAGCGGAAGCCACUUAUACGCCGGACGGGGAAUGGGAGCAUGGUGGAUGGUUCGAUUCACGUUGA